GCACGGCGUCGGCACGCCCGGCCCUCCAGCGCGAGGAGCUCUGAGAGCUGAGCGCGAAGACUGCGCCGGCGAGUUCCGCAGGGCUAGUGUAGCACGGUGCCCGGAUUCUCGCGUUUGGCCGAGCGAUGUGCCCGGGUGUCAGGGCGCGGGAACCUGGGCUCAGGUGAAGCUCUGGGAAAGGACAGCGAGGCGGCGACGAGAUGCAAGCAGAGGAGCCCUGCGCCCCCGGCGCUCCUGGUGACCGCGGUACCCAGAGAGACCAGCGCGCACCCAGCCCAGAUCCGCGCCUGUCUAGCCAGCUGCUACCGGAGCUGUACACCUUUGCGGCGCGAGUGCUUUUCUACCUGGCUCCCGUCUACCUAGCCGGCUACGUGGGGCUCAGCAUAACCUGGCUGCUGCUCGGCGCUCUGCUGUGGAUGUGGUGGCGCAGGAACCGCCGCGGGAAGCUUGGGCGUCUGGCGGCCGCCUUCGAAUUCCUGGACAACGAACGCCAGUUCAUUAGCCGCGAGCUGAGGGACCAGCACCUGCCGGCCUGGAUCCACUUCCCGGAUGUGGAGCGGGUCGAGUGGGCCAACAAGAUCAUCUCUCAGACCUGGCCCUACCUGAGCAUGAUCAUGGAAAACAAGUUCCGGGAGAAACUUGAGCCCAAGAUCCGGGAGAAGAGCAUCCACUUAAGAACCUUCACUUUCACCAAGCUCUACUUCGGACAAAAGUGCCCCCGGGUCAACGGCGUCAAGGCACACACUAACCAGUGCAACAGGAGACGGGUAGUCCUGGACCUGCAGAUAUGCUACAUCGGGGACUGUGAGAUCAGUGCAGAGCUGCAGAAGAUACAGGCUGGUGUGAAUGGGAUUCAGUUGCAGGGCACGCUGCGGGUCAUCUUGGAGCCCCUCCUGGUGGACAAGCCCUUCGUGGGAGCUGUGACCGUGUUCUUCCUUCAAAAGCCGCAUCUGCAGAUCAACUGGACAGGCCUGACCAACCUGCUGGAUGCACCAGGAAUCAAUGAGGUGUCAGACAGCCUGCUGGAGGAACUCAUUGCUGCCCACCUGGUACUGCCCAAUCGUGUAACUGUGCCUGUGAAGAAGGGGCUGGACGUGACCAACCUGCUCUUCCCUCUGCCCUGCGGAGUGAUCAGAGUCCAUUUGCUGGAGGCCGAGAUGCUGGCUCAGAAGGACAGCUUCCUAGGGAUCCGAGGCAAGUCAGACCCCUACGCCAAGGUGAGCAUUGGCCUACAGCAUUUCCGGAGUAGGACCAUCUACAAGAACCUGAACCCCACCUGGAAUGAGGUAUUUGAGUUUAUAGUGUAUGAAGUCCCUGGGCAGGACCUGGAGGUGGACCUGUAUGAUGAAGAUCCCGACAGGGAUGACUUCCUGGGCAGCUUGCAGAUCUGCCUUGGGGAUGUCAUGACGAACAGAGUGGUGGAUGAGUGGUUUGUCCUGAACGACACAACCAGUGGGCGGCUGCACCUGCGGCUGGAGUGGCUUUCACUGAUUGCCAACCCAGAAGCUCUGAUUGAAGACCAAGGUGGCCUUUCAACUGCCAUCCUUGUGGUCUUCUUGGAGAGUGCCUGCAACCUGCCGAGAAACCCUUUUGACUACCUGAAUGGUGAAUAUCGAGCCAAAAAACUCUCCAGGUUCACCAAGAAUAAAGUCAGCAGAGACCCUUCCUCCUAUGUCAAGCUAUCUGUAGGCAAGAAGACACACAUGAGCAAGACUUGUCCCCACAGCAAGGACCCAGUGUGGAGCCAGGUGUUUUCCUUCUUUGUGUCCAACGUGGCAGCUGAGGAGCUGCAUCUGAAGGUUCUUGAUGAUGACCAAGAGUAUGCUCUGGGAGUGCUGGAGAUCCCCCUGUGCCAGAUUCUACCCUAUACAGACCUCACCCUCGAGCAGCGCUUUCAGUUGGACCACUCAGGCCUGGACAGCCUCAUCUCCAUGAGGCUGGUGCUUCGGUUCCUGCGUGUGGAAGAACGAGAGAUGGGGAGCCCAUACACAGGACCUGAAGCCUUAAAGAAAGGUCCUCUGUUCAUUAAGAAGGUGGACACCAACCAGGAACCCAAAGCCCCAUCCCAGGGAGAAUGCCCUGCAAAUUUGCCAUGCCCCCCAGAUCCUGCUUCUGAUACCAAAGAAACCUCCAAGAGCUCCAUGUCAGCCACCAGUGCCACUAUUGUUACCACUGAGCCCAUGCCCCAAGAGACAGGCUCAGAGCCCAAAGGGUUCUGUGAGUCCUUGGGGAAGAAGAAGAGUUCGGGCACCAUCUUCCUGACUGUCCCAGGCCCGCACUCUCCAGGGCCCAUCAAGUCACCCAGACCUCUGAAAUGCCCUGCCUCCCCACUCGCGUGGCCGCCCAAGAGGGUGGCUCCCAGCAUGUCCUCGCUCAACUCCUUGGCAUCCUCCUGCUUUGACCUGACAGAUAUCAGCUUCAACAUUGAAGGUGGGGAUCUCAGGCAGUGGAGGCUGGGUGAGAUUCAGCUCACUGUGCGUUAUGUGUGUCUGCGGCGCUGCCUCAGUGUGCUCAUCAAUGGCUGCAGAAACCUGACACCCUGUACCAGCAGUGGAGCUGAUCCCUAUGUCCGUGUCUACUUGUUACCAGAAAGGAGGUGGGCAAGUCGUAAGAAGACCUCAGUAAAACGGAAGACCCUGGAACCCCUGUUUGAUGAGACAUUUGAAUUUUUUGUUCCCAUGGAAGAAGUAAAGAAGAGGUCACUAGAUGUUGCAGUGAAAAACAGUAGGCCACUUGGCUCACACAGAAGGAAGGAGCUAGGAAAAGUACUGAUUGACUUAUCAAAAGAGGAUCUGAUUAAGGGCUUCUCACGAUGGUAAUUAUAUACCAUAUAACUUGGGAUUUGCCCAAAUGUAUGUGUCAAAAGUGUCCUGUCUCAGACAUAAGGGAUGAGGGAGACCUGUUCCUGGAACAGCUGCCAGUGACUGACCAAGGGAAGAUGCUUCUUUUAUGGGAAUAAAAAGUGACCCACACCAAAAGUGCCAAAAGCCAACACUACCUAAGCCCUUCUGGUCCUUCUGCCACCUCUGGUACUUUACUGCCUGGAAAUUUGUUCCUUUAUCUACUGUAGAACUAAAGUGUACUUUUCCGAUGGCAACAAUGUUAUAGUGAUAUACCUAAAUACUCUGAGUUAAAUACUCCAACGUGGGAUGGCCUGGCCCCAAACUCCAGCAUGUGGCUUCACUUUCAUAAGAAAAAGCAAACCGAACCCCGAGUCCAGGUCUGUAUCUCCACUACCACAGCAGAGCUCUAGAGACUGCUGCAGAGUGUUGGUGCCAGAAGAAAGGAGCUUCUGUCUCUCUCUCUCUCUCUCUCAGAUGGUUUGGCAAUUCUAUUCUACCUUUCUAAGAUGGCUGUUUAAGUAACAUUCAAAAGCAAAAUAUGUAAAUUGCACAAACAAGUUCCUCUUUUACAUUUCAAACUUUAUAACACCAAAUAUUCUGAUCCUCUCUGAUGUUAUUCUAGAGCUACUGUUGAAUUUAUGUCCUUUUCUCUUCACUCAGGCAACAGCUCCUGCCAUCAGUUUCCUAUUCCCCUCCCCUCAAUGCCUUCACUGCUGCUUUUCUGAAGAAUGGUAACAUCUUAAAGUUUGUUAUGUUAUUCUCACUUAUAUCCAUCAUUUCCUGUUUUCUACAAGAAUAAAACCCACUUGGGGCACCUGGGUGGCUCAGUGGGUUACAGUCUGCCUUCGGCUCAGGUC